AUAUUUUCUGUAUUCUUCUGCAGCAAAGGACCUUCACAGUUUUCAGGUGAUCUUCUCAAGGAGUUUCAGUACCAAUUUUUCAGGUAAUAAAAAAUGGAAUUUGUUAGUGGAGUAGGAGAACUCCGGGGUAACCAGGGCAUGGACGGGGAAGAGAACGUGAUGGCGGUAGAACCCAUUACCAUGAUUGUACCACCGGAACUGCAAGACGUGCCGGAAACCCCUACGGUGGAGGGCAGUGCCAGUUCAGGGGCACAUGAGGAUUCCGGUGCUAACCCCUCUCCGUCAUCUGAAGGGUCGUCAUCAGAAAACACUGCUAGUGCAAGUAGCACCUCGCCGGAAAGUAUGGAAGUGGCCGUAAACGUGCCUCCGGUUGCAGGCUGGGAAAACAAAACCAUAGGUGGUAGGUUAAGCAACCUCCGCAAGGCACCGAAUACAUUGACGGUCGGAUUUCGGUUUCGGGCGAACCUGCAUCAUGAGGUAGCAGAUUGUCCUACCUCCAUUAAAGGGUACAAGAGGCUGGAGGAGGUAGUGAGACGAUACCACGUUCCUAGGACAGUUUUGUUACGAACAGGGACCAAAAAUGAAAGGGCCUGCAGUGUGUCAGCAACAGGGUGGAUACCUGUAUAUAUGGACCAUUUCGACGCCGGCCUGAGGUUUCCUUUAUCCGGGCUGAUUUUCGACAUUCUGUCAGAGUACGAACUGGCGCUCACACAGUUGACUCCCAACAGUAUAAAAUUCAUCGUAGGGUUUAUGUUGCUGUGUGCACGGCUGCAGAUACCUGCGAAGGCCAUUGUUUUCAGGUCGCUAUUUUUGUGCCGGCUGAGCAGUGCACAGACGAGGUGGUACUACAUUUCUGGACGAGAGAAAAUGGCCAUCUUCAAGAACAUAAGGAAUAAGGUGUCUCGUUGGAAGAGACAGUUUAUAUUUGUCCGGGAUACGCGAGCAGAGAGGGUUAGCACCGAUCUGGCAGCUCGUCUAUCUGAGUGGCGCCCAGGGCAUGCGUACAUGAAUUACCCCACCUUAACCCCAGGCGACCUGGAGCUUAGGGAUAGGAUCACUAACUAUGUGAAGGGAGGGGGGUUAGUUGAUUUGGAAGCCCUGGUUACCCCUGAGGUGCUCACUUUGCGUGGGUUUGUGGAUAUCCCGAACCUGUUUAGUGAAGGAGAGAUGAGUAGCAUGCUUGAGAGACAACGGGAGCGAGCUCAGCGCUCUCGUGGCAGGGGAACUGGGUCUGGCGCGAGGAGGCAAACGUGCUUUGACGAGCUACCGCCUGCAGUACCUCGCAGCUCGGCGCAGAGGGAACAGGGCUCCAGCUCGGUCUCACGGCCAGCGGCUAAGCGCAGGGUAGAGCCCACACCAGCUGAUGUACGGAGGCGUGCCCGCGACGAGUCCGAUGCUGAGGAUGACGUACCAUUAAUCCGGCGUAGGUUGGAUUUCGGGAGACAACCUGGCGUGGUGCGUUCACCUGAGGCGCCCGUGGCCCAGCUGCGCAGUGCGACCGAGGCGCUUCCAUCACCAGUAGCUAGCGGUGGGCCCAGGAUCGCAUACCCUGACGGUUUUAGCUACACUAAACCAGACUGUCAGCUCGCUAUGGUCCAGGGUAUGCAGAAUUUCGUCCCGCCUGUGGACCGCCACCGUGCUAAAGGCUACAUUCAGCAGCACGGGACUCACGCUGCAAUGCUGAAAAUGAUGGAUGCUCUAAGCUAUUCUGUAGCUCUGUUCGAGAGCGAGCAGGCAGCUCGAAUACAGAAUAGGGAGCUGGCUGACACUUGCAAGCGGCUGUCCUCAGACAAGGCGAGCUUGGAGGAUGAGGUGAACCGUUUACAAAGCUCAGAGAUGGCCAACAGGGCUGCGUCAGCCGAGAGCCGGGCUGACGAGCUGGCCAACAAGGUCAUCCAGCUGCAGGAGGAGCUGGAUAAGGUGAAAGCUGAGAAGGAGAGUGGGAUUCAGGCGGCCAUGGAUGAGGUCGUUCGUGCAGUGGAUCUCAGGAAGAAAGUAGAGGCUGAGAGAGAUGGCGCGUUGGGCGAUCUCAACGCCAUAAGAGGGCGGGUUGCUGUGGCCGACCAGGAUCUUGCCCACGCAGAGGAAUCCCUGAGGCAGGCCAAGGCUCAACACCAGCGCUGUAUUAGCAUCGUGCGAGCUCAAGGCGCGGAAUGGCUGGUUGGUGCUGACAUGUUCCAGGACGCCGCAGCUGUGGCAUCCAUGAACACCAUGACUGAGAUUUACAAUGAUGUUCGUGGUAAGGUGUUGAAGCACCGGCCGGACUUCCCAAUCAACGAGCUCGCGUUUUUUGAUGGUGAAGAGUUCGAUGCGGAAGGGAAGAGCCUUGUUGAACCUUCUGACACAACGGAGUAUGAGAAUCUGCCGAGGUUCGACACCUGGGCUGGUGAUGCUCCUGUAGAAGAAGCUGAGCCUUCAAGUACUCCUCCUGCUCUUCAACCCACCCCUGCUGCCAUCUCAAUCCCAGCUCGUGCUGAUGCGUCCGCUCCCGUGGAUUUAACGGACGAUUAGAUUUAGGCUUUUCUUUUUCUUAUAUUUUUGCAUUUUCAACAUUUGCUUGUUGGCAACAUAUUUUGUAGUCUCAUGGGCACCUCAUGUAAUGAAUUUACAAAGAAUAUAAUUGAAACGAAUUUUGGAAAACUGUGUGUACUAUUUCCAGUAAUUGCUCAUACAUUAUUGAAAUUUUCUACAAUAAUAUAAAUCAACUAUAAAAUUUUCU